AUGUUGAACUUCAACUAUCCACUUCUUCUUCAACUUCUCUUUUUCAUUCUAACUUUUUCACUUCCAGUUGCACUGUCUAACCAUGAAGCGAUAGAAUCUUUGCUUCACCGCUUGGAUUCCAAAAGGGCACUUCCAUCCGUGCAAGAAGCCGCUGCUAGAGGUGUUCUUAAAAGGCUUCUUCCCACUCAUUUGUCAAGCUUUGAGUUCAAGAUAGUUUCCAAGGAUGUCUGUGGCAGAGGCAGUUGUUUUAUGAUAAACAAUCACAAAAAGACAAGGCAUAAUGGGCCAGAGAUUAUUAUUAGAGGAACCACUGGUGUUGAGAUUGUGUCUGGCCUCCAUUGGUAUCUUAAGUAUUGGUGCGGUGCUCAUAUUUCAUGGGAUAAAACAGGUGGCAUUCAGACAACUUCGAUCCCCAAGCCAGGGUCACUACCCCUUUUGAAAGAUGAUGGUGUGAAGAUUAAACGUCCUGUUCCGUGGAACUAUUACCAAAACGUCGUGACUUCAAGUUAUUCAUUUGUUUGGUGGGAUUGGGAAAGGUGGGAAAAAGAGGUGGACUGGAUGGCACUUCAGGGGGUGAACCUGCCCUUGGCAUUCACCGGGCAGGAAGCUAUCUGGCAAAAGGUUUUUAAGGAUUUUAACAUUAGUUCAGAAGAUUUGAACAGUUUCUUUGGUGGACCUGCUUUUCUUGCUUGGGCGCGCAUGGGAAAUUUACACGGAUGGGGAGGGCCUUUAUCUCAAAACUGGUUAGAUCAACAAUUGGUCUUACAGAAACAGAUAAUCUCUCGAAUGCUGGAGCUAGGGAUGACUCCAGUGUUACCAUCCUUCUCUGGAAAUGUUCCGGCUGCAUUGAGGAAGAUAUUUCCUUCUGCAAAAAUAACUAGACUUGGUGACUGGAACACUGUUGAUGCUGAUCCUCGCUGGUGCUGCACUUACCUUCUCGAUCCCUCUGAUCCUCGGUUUGUUGAAAUUGGAGAGGCAUUUAUCCGCAAACAAAUUAAAGAAUAUGGGGAUGUAACAGACAUAUACAACUGUGACACCUUUAACGAAAACUCCCCACCUACUAGUGAUCCGGACUAUAUAUCAACUCUUGGAGCUGCAGUAUAUCAAGGCAUUUCCAAGGGUGACAAAGAUGCUGUGUGGUUAAUGCAAGGCUGGCUCUUCUACUCUGAUUCAUCAUUUUGGAAGCCACCUCAAAUGAAAGCACUUUUACAAUCUGUUCCAGUUGGGAAAAUGGUCGUUCUUGAUCUAUUUGCCGAAGUAAAACCAAUAUGGAAAACUUCCUUUCAGUUUUAUGGUACUCCUUAUAUAUGGUGCAUGCUACAUAAUUUUGGUGGUAAUCUUGAAAUGUACGGUGUUUUGGAUGCAAUUGGUUCAGGGCCUGUUGAUGCUCGCGUCAGUGAAAACUCGACAAUGGUAGGUGUUGGUAUGUGCAUGGAAGGGAUAGAGCAUAAUCCUAUCGUUUUUGAGCUAAUGUCUGAAAUGGCAUUUCGCAAUGAGAAAGUUAAAAUUAAUGAAUGGCUCAAGAGUUACUCCCAUAGACGAUAUGGUAAAGCAAUUCAUCAAGUUGAUGCUGCAUGGGAGAUCCUUUAUCAUACAAUAUACAACUGUACUGACGGAAUUGCUGAUCAUAACCAUGAUUAUAUUGCUAUGCUUCCUGACUGGGACCCAUCCACAAACGAUAAAUCUGGUAUGUUAAACCAUCAAAAGAAAAUUUACUUCUUGCCCCCUGGAAAUAGACGAUACUUAUUCCAGCAAACACCAGCUGGUAUGCCACAGGCUCAUUUGUGGUAUCCUCCGGAAGACGUGAUCAAAGCAUUACGACUAUUCCUAGCCGGUGGAAAGAAUCUCACAGGAAGUCUCACAUAUAGGUACGACCUUGUUGAUUUGACUCGACAAGUAUUAUCGAAAUUUGCAAACCAAGUAUACAUCGAGGCAGUUACAUCGUUUCAGAAGAAGAAUAUUGAUGCUUUGCAGUUGAACAGCCAUAAGUUCCUCCAACUGAUAAAAGAUAUUGAUUUAUUGCUUGCUUCUGAUGAUAACUUCCUUCUCGGAACUUGGCUUGAGAGUGCCAAGAAACUCGCAGUAAAUCCAAGUGAGUUGAAGCAGUAUGAAUGGAAUGCUAGGACACAAGUGACUAUGUGGUUUGACACAAAUGAAACUACUCAGAGCAAGCUCCACGAUUACGCCAACAAAUUUUGGAGCGGGAUUUUGGAAAACUACUAUCUCCCACGAGCUUCAACCUAUUUUAAUCAUUUGUCAGAAAGCUUGAAACACAACGAAAAGUUCAAGUUGAUCGAGUGGCGAAAACAAUGGAUUCCAAUGUCGAACAAAUGGCAAGAAAGUAAUGAGCUAUAUCCAGUUAAGGCCAAAGGAGAUGCUCUAGCAAUUUCGCAAUCUCUCUAUGAAAAAUAUUUUUCAUAA